AUGUCUUCCACUGUCAAUCCCUCUAAUACAAAAGGUGCCGAUGUUUAUGAGGCCUCUGGCCUCCCAGCAUCCUUUAACAAAACCAAAACGCUCACUGAGGUCCACUCAUUAGUCUCCCUUGGUGUGGUAGAAGAAUCCAAAAUUAUGCUGCGUUUGAGAGAUGCGAGUCUGCAAUGCCAAGCAAUAGCAACUACUUCUUCAAUCAGCAAGCAGUACGUGGUCAUGAUCAUCCAAGAAAGUCUCGUGGCACUGUACCGCAUUGAGCAUUACUCCAGUACACUCAAUCAAGUGCCAUUCUGGGUCGAUUUCUUCGUGAAAGAGCUCGAGAAAAUUACCGGCAUAAAUGUUACUAGCGAAAAGGAAUUUGGGGGUGGAUUUAGCAUGAUCUUUGCCGCGCGAGAGCUCGACGAGCUCGAUGACGGGUAUCAUGAAGUCUACCUGACACUCGGACAAGCAUUGCAGGAGAAAUUCGGCUUCCCACAGGUUACUUGUUACAGGUACAAAACUGGGUCUGCAUUGCACGCUGCAUUCAUAGGAAGCCCCGACAAAAUGCCUCAUUGUUAUGAGGUGGAACGAGGUGGAAACAUACCACCUACGACUAUCAACUAUAUGGAGAUGCCAGUGACGGACUAUUCAUUGGCUAAUUGA